AUGCACCGUAACCGAAAGCGCGCCUGCUUCAGCGAGGCUGACGUCCGAACCUCGGCAUUGAUGAUGAAGCGAAUGGCAUCAGGGCGUGCCUGGACCAGCUGCGCCAUUGUGUCUUUGAGCGGCACCAUGUGGUCAUCUGCUGCUGCCGCCGUUUCGACGGGGGCUUCUGGUCUCUGGUUGCGCACGGCCUUGUUGCGGGGGGCAUCGGCAUCGCAUGCCACUAUUCUGUGCAAUGCUGUCCGACGCACCAUGCCUCAAAGCCCAGCGUUGACGGCGGCUUUGGUUCAGCAACAGCAACAGCGCACCUACGCCAAGGCGAGCGGCCCCACCAAGCAGAGCAAGAAGAAGCGUCGUCUGGAGGAUAUGCGGCGUCAGCGCUUGGCCGAGAAGGAGGAAGCUGCUGCUCCGCCCAAGGUGGAGGUGGCAAUUGACUUCUCACCGCGCGCCCAGCGCUGCAACGUCAUGACGGCCUUGAUGCGCGAGGAGAUUCACCAUCGCUCCCGCGCGCGACAGAUUCCCGAGUUUGGCGCAGGCUGUACCGUAGCCGUGACCUACACGGAUGCGCUGAGCAAAACCAACACUCAGCGCUCGGUUGGUCUCGUCAUUGCCAAACGAAACAAGGGCCUUGGCUCCAACUUUAUCAUUCGCAAUGCUGAAAACGGCAUUGGAUACGAGCAUUUCUUCUUCACCCACUCACCAAUGAUCAAGAACAUUGAAGUCCUGGAUCAUGCCCGCCGGCGGCGCGCCAAACUGUACUAUCUCCGUGACCGCCCUGCCAAAGACUCUUAUGUCAGCGCUGCAUUUGAAGCACGCCCCCCACCUGCAGAUGGCAAGCUUCCCGUCGUUCGUGCCAACCGCAAGUAA